CCAGCGGCCUUGACGGACUUUUCUUCGUCCUUCUCCCGAUAAGUUUUCGACUGUUCAAUCGAAGAGCUUUUUUUCCUUCGAAAAGAUGUUGUGUCGAAACUUGUUCUACUACCAGCAUUGAAGUCUUUUCUUUGAGUGAUGUCAUUUUCCUCUAUAGGAAUCGUGAAAAUUGAUCCAUUGAUUUUUAAAUGUGCGGUAAUGCUGGUGAACUGGAUGGUGCAAAGUUUCCAGACCCUUCAGUGUGAACAGGUGAAACCCACUAUAUUUUGGAUGACUUGUUUGUUUAAGUAGACAGCAGUUCAAAAACGGCUAUUGAUCCGUAUUUGUUUCAAAUCAAACUGUUUUCGCACGUGCGAAACAGAAAUUCGCGAAUGAAAGCGACAAGAGAGCAGCCAAAAGAAAGUGAAAAGAAAUGCAUAAGUAAAAUAUAGAACAAGUCGUGUGAAAAACUGUCUCGCCGCCCAAAGGGUGGGAGUCGCCUACCGUACCUUCAUUUCUUGCCGGUUUUCAUCGUGACUGACGGCUUGAGUCACAUUCAUUGCGUGAGUUUGUCAAUAUCUUUUGUUCCGAGUGCGCCCCCGGGCGUUGUGAUUCCAUUUUCUCAUUCGCGCAAAGUGAAACCAUCAGCAGAAGCGAAAAGAAAGCAACUAAGGUGUGAUUAGGUUAAUAAAAGAAGUACGUUAAAAUAAAUGUAGCUGCCGUGGAAGGAAUAAUGAACUAGUGGCAUUAGACACAGUGGAGAAGAAGAGGAAAAGUGUUUGAUACACAUUUAUUUUCAUUAGCUGUAAACAAUCGGAUGCGAAGUUGGUGUUGCUGUUUCUGUGUGUUUGUUUGUACUCAUCAAAUAUAUCGUUUUGGUUUGUAGGACCGCAAGCCAAAUGCAAUUAUCGCCAAUGACUACCCGUGAACCGACCGUUUCAAUUCCACUGGAAAUAUUCAAGGAAAACUAAUAAAUUGUAGAUGUUCAGUAUGUUUAACUGCGAUUUCAACGGUUUUUCGAUGGGGGUGAACUGUCUGUAUCCGUUCAAGCUGCGGUCUGUAUUAAAUCAAGUGUGAUCAGAUCUAAUUGGUCGAAACAGAAGUAAGAGUAAGCUUAAACAAUGAUGCAAAAAAGCAGAAGUUAAGUGAACGAUGUAUGGUCAGACUGGCGGAUCGGACUUGCUCAAGUGUUAAAUUGUUUUCCUGGAGAAGUCGGUAUUGCUGAGCAUUGAUCAGCUUGACACGUACCUGCACCUGAAUAGAAGACAGCAGUCAGGGAUUCGCCGACUGAAGUGAGAUGUAGCCAAACUCGGCCAAUACAAUUCGAUCUCACCAAUCACCAAAUGAGAGACGUAAAACGUGAACGCAAAAAACGGUCAAACCGAUUCGUACAACGACCAGACCUUCCAAGCCAUGCCUGCCGAGCCCGCAACGCCUCUGGAUUACAACCACCAGCAAAACCAGCAUCAGGUCCGCAUUGAUAAAAAUUCUACCGGGUGGAACAAGCCAAAUCACGCACUCGUAUGAAGAGCGGCAAGAAAAAUGCUGAAAUCUUUGUCCAUGCCGCGUCACUUCAAGAAAAACAAUUAUAAUAUAUUAGAGUCACAAUUAGUGCCUGAUUCAGAUCGAGGCCCACAAAAGCCUGAAGCAGCUCGCACCCAAAAAUUAUCAUCGCCAUGUUUUCGAACGAAGUUGUCGUGGUUUUCACCUCCGUUGACUCGAUGGCUUCGACGGAGGCGGUAUUCCUUGGCUUGGAUGUACCUUACGACCAAUGCAGUAAUAGCCAUCGGGAUGAUCGUCUGCGGCACUGGUGUGACCCUUUGCGAUGGAGCAGCCGCUCCAACGCCAGUAGCUAAAGGAACCGUUUCAAGCUACGGAGCACGAACAGGACUCACGCGAAUCGGCGUUGCCGAUACGUCUCGAAUUGUCAACCUAACGCGGCAACACAGCGGUGAUCUGUUUUAUACGUUUGAAAAUGAAAAAUGUGAUACAGAUACGUGCGUCGGUUUGUCAAGUGGAACGGCAAGUCUUUCCUUAGGAACUGGAAAUGAUGGACAAAACAACAUCAAAGAGAUCGACAUGGCAUCCAACCUGGAAACUCAGUGCAAGUGCCAGUGUCUCUCGCAUUUGACCACAUACCGCGAAGAUCUGGGCAUCUGCGUCGACGAUGUGAGAGAAUGCACUCUUGCACCCUUCAUCAGCGGAUCCACUUCGGAGAAGAUUCCGUUCGUGUUUCUACCACACCGUGGCCAGAUCGUCUAUCCAAGCAAAGAAAUCGGUUUCCCGGGUGUAAAGAUGCCAAUGUGCGCUGUAUCUGGUUCUCAAUUCCUCACGAACACCGGUUGGGCUGAGCUGCGCAAUCCAAUCGACACUGACGUCCCGUUCCGACUGUUCCGCGAUGAGGGUCGCAUUUAUCUACAAUGGCUCGGUGAAACUGAAUUGCGUCAGCGAAUGCAGGGUCGCCUAAUUCUGGUUCAUCUCAUGUGUCGGGAUAUGACGCCGCAACUGAUGCUGAAAGACGGCCGGACACGGGCAUUCGAUGACAUGCUUCCAAAUCAAAACAUCUUCACACCAUGUGUGGCAUUCCGUGUUGUUGGGACCCCGAUCAAAUACGCCAACAACGUAACCGAGGUGAGCUUUUCUUCGGAAACUCACAUCGACCACCAAUCGGGGCUAAGCACGAAGGAGUACAUCGUGAUCGCGAUCUGCAGUCUCUGUCUGGGACUUAUUUACAUCGCCUCGGUUUUUCUCUAUAUCCAUAUGAAGAAACGGAAACGAGGGACGGGCGAUGACGACGAUGCCAACACAAUUAAGAAUGACUACUCAUCCUACCAGCAGAACGAUCAAGUUACGUUCGGGGUUGGAUUGAGCUCACAAGUUAACCCGUUUGGGGGUCAACAGCGAAACAGUUUUGUCGGUAGAGGCGGAAGUCAGAGACAGACCGGAGCUGCAGGCCAUCGUGGCAUCUCUACGCCUAUGAAUGUCGGACUUCAUGCUGAGGAGAUGGGAAUAGUGAAAAACAAUCCACUGUUGAAGCACUUUCCCAAUCUAAGCGAUAAUUCGGGAUUCAUAAGCGACAACUCCAACUCUGUUUCGGAGUUUGAGGACGAUCGAAUGAUUGAAACAGACAAGAGGAUGCAGACUACCGCCAACAUCCAUCAACCAAAAAACUACUUAGGGCAUACCGACAUGGAUGGAGGACUUCACCAUCCGCAACUGCAGCUUCACAGCCACCAGCAGCAAUCCCAACAGAGUCCAGACGGGAUGAACAACUCGAAUGGUCCCGAUACCGAGUGUUUGCCCGAGGAAAAUGUGUCCAUUGUCGAAGAUAUCAGCAACGACGAAAAGCUAGAAAGUAUGAAGUCUAUCGUCAACGGAACUAUGCGACGCAAACUGUAUUUUAAUCCAGCUUACUUCGAACCGCAUCUCCUAGUGACACCUCCUCCAGCGGCUGUAGAGUUUCUCAAUAAAAUCCGGGAAGUAAUCACAAUAGCCAAGUACAAAAUGUCUGCGAAACGCUUCCAGCCAUCGCUUAACAUCAUUCCGGAAGAAUUGCAACAAAUGCAUGGAUCUGAGACAUACGCGGCAGCACUCACUGCUCCUCCUAGUCGCCGCAGUAGUUUAAUCAGCUCUCGUAGAGAUAGUUCAAAGAAAAGCAUUUGCUCGGGAUGUCCGGGUUGUGAAAAGAAGGGUAAUAAUAAUAAUUCGGAUGUAGUUGUUCCUUCCAGUAAUUGCAAAAACUGCGGCGAUAAACAAAACAGUAUUCGUAAAUGGUUGGAGGACGUAUCCUCCAACCACGGCGAUACAACCAACGAAUCCGAUGUUUACGAUGGAGGAAAGUCAUGCUCCAACAGCAACUCUGCAGAAAAUAUGGAUUCAUUGAAAUCGUUCGAUGAUCGAUCAACGUGCGAAUCACUUCCUAUUCACCCAGAAAUUAAAAAGCAACCCAGAUCAAUGCGAUCUCGCCAAGGAAGCAUGCAAAGUGAUAGCUCAUCUGCCUCGGACAAUGAAACAAUCGUUGCUAACAGCGUGAAGGAAAAAUCAUCAAUAGUGCGCGCUCCAUCUCGGACCAGAUCGAUUCGUUCGGAUACGAAUUCAGCACCGAAGAUUGUAUCACACAGUCUUAAAUCGGAUAUUCUAAAGAAUCAUAAGUUUGGAACCGAAGACGGAUCCCUAAUGAAAAACAACAGUUUUGUGUAUGAUCCUGUCCCUAAUGAAAAGCACACCAAGAAUCAAGACACUUACAUGAGAAAUAUCAAUAAUUCUUUAGUCAACUUAGACUCUAAUAAGAUUUAUGACAAACACGAUCUGUAUAACAUUACCGGGAAUGAGCUUUUCAACAAUCCUCAAUUUGAAACAUCCCCAAAAUUGCAGCAUAGAUCCAUGAAUGUAAACCACCGUCAUCAUCAUCAUCAGCAAUCUAACAAAAAACGAUCAAACUCGCACAGUCGUCCUGGAACGUCUGGUAAACGACAGAUUGAAGUUCUUGAUCAGUUUUCCAGUUCAGGCCCGAAAAUAAGAAAUUUGAAUCACAUGCCGGAUAUGGUGUACGAAGCAUUAGCAAUGGACCAACGGAAAAAGUCUUGGAAAAGUCGCACGAACCCUGAAGUCCCACGGGUCCCAAUCAACGAAUACUUGCAUGAAACAUGUGAAAGCCGUUUCAGCAGUAUCGAUCGAACAGAGCGAUAUCGAAACGAGAAGUUCUUUCACGACUUUAUAAACUCAGAUGACAGCAACACUCUCGGGAAUCGUUCCGGUAAGAAUUCUUUUAACAAAUACCAACCUGAUUCACCAAUCUACUCACGAAAAUCGCCCCAUUAUUUGAUUGUCGACUACGAGACGGAUAGCCUUGAAAGAGUAACCUGUCGUACACAGGUCAGUUUCAAUACAUCAACAACCACUAGUAGUGAUCUAAGUUCACAACCAUCACCCUCUCAUAGUACAGCACUUCCGCUAGAAGAGGAAGUUGAGAUCCGUAACGCAAUUUAUGAUCGGGUAGAGGGGUUUAGAAAGGAUACCGAUACAAUAACAAAAGAACGAGAAAUCGUCAAUCAUCCGAGCAUCGAUGACUAUGAAGACGUUCCGAUGAAUUCACUGGCGGAAACGGUUAUUCAAGUGCCUCCAAAAAAGGGACCAAAAAUAAAAUGCGACACGCCUUUUCAAGGGAGUAUCACUAUCGAAGUAGAACAUAGUCCGGAAGAUUGCGAGCUUUCGACAGAUAGUGAUCAAUUUGAACCUGAUACUCUAGAUCGUAAACCAAAAAAGCACAGUAACAUUAUCGGCCGACAUAAAAGCAAUAUUUGGGCAAAAGAUCGACCGGGUACGAAAGAAACAAACCUAACCUCACUUCCAGCUGACCUGAACAAUCAUUUUGUAUUAAAAAACUCGCAAUCUUUCAAGGAAACUUCGUUUGGUAGUCUUCGUGAAAUUUAUGAGUCAAAAAACUUAAAAAACGUUAAUCAUAAUCAGAUGAGAAGCCUGGAGAAUUUCGACACGGAAUCUGGAAGGCUACUAACUUUAGAGCUGCGACACUCUAAGCGACAACGAACAAAUGAUAACACCGCUAUUGCUCCAAAGUUAAUGCCACCGGAUUUAAUUCCAUCGGAUAUGCCGAUACCACGGAAUAACUAUGAUCAACCACGUCCACAACUAAAGCAGGUUGAAGAUUUUGGUAUUUCUCCGAAGAAUCUUGCAUGUUGGAACAAUGACAAAUUUUCGAAGCAACCAAAUGGUCCCGCACCGAAGCCUGCCCUUAGUAAUCUAGAAAGUUAUGAAUCUACUAACAGCAUGACGGCAGAUAGUGACUCUACUCAAUUCACGGGGGUUUCCGAUAACGAACAUAAUUCUCCUAGGAAGCACAAGAAAGUAGCAAAUUAUAGCCAGGUGAACAAAUCUUUCCGUGAACGUCCACAAUCGAAGGAAAAAGAUAAAUUUAGACUGAUGGAAAUUGAGAAAGAUGGUCCAAACGUUUUAAAAAAUUUUAUGUCACUAGGAGAAUUGAAUGACAAAAGCUUUUUGGAUCAAAUUGACAGUAAAACGUUCGAUUUGAAAGAUUCACAAAUCACGAACCGAGCUAAAUUUAUCGAGGACAUUGAUAAAAUUGAAGUUUUGUCGACCAAGACAUUAUCUAAUUAUGAUUCACUGGUGGGAAGAAGUAUCACCAGCUCGAAUAUAAAUGAUGCAACAGAAGAUAAAACUAAUCUUGAUAUCAAUCCAAGCACAACCACAAAAAUUUACAGAGUAGAAAUCAAUCCUGCAUCCAAUGGGAUGCAGAUAGCUAUGGGUCUUCGUGAUCGCGUGAAAAAAUCAAAGGACAUCAAAAAUGCCUGGAAGAAAUUCAUAGGAAUUGCCACAUCUAAGUUCAACAGUAAAAUGAACGAUGGAAAAAGUGAUUCCGAUGGAGAUAAGCACUCAGAAUCUUCGGAUAUACUUGAUAAGGACGAGGGAAUAUCAUCAUUAAUAGACGAUGCAAGCACGGCUUAUGAAGUCACUCAUCAUCACCAUUAUCGACAUCACUAUCACUACAAGGCAAUGGAUUCAAGUAAACCGCCAACAAACAGCCGUCAAAUUAAGAUACUUCGAAGGGAUUCGAGGUCGAGUAUAAAGGAUGACAGUGGUUAUAUUAGCGCAGACUCUGCCGAAUCUCGUUUAAACAAUAAAAAGCUUUACGAACGAUUCAAUUUCACUGGAAAAUCAUCUGAGUCUACAGAUUCGAUACUGGAGGAAAAUAAAUACGAAAUUUGCGCUAUUCCCGAAAAUUCUGUAAGCACUGUUAAAAGCAAUACGUCGUCCUCUUCUUGUAGUACUACCCGUUCUGAUAAACAACUGACCCGACCACGUGCCCCACCUCCCCCACUACCUCCACCAAAUCCACCACCACCACCUCCUACCACAACCAUCCCAACAAAGAAACAUUCUUCAUCAUCUCGAACAAUCGAAAAACCUCUAACUAGACCCCCGCCACCUCCAACAAAUCCUUCUCCAAAAAAAUCCCGCUCCGAAGAAAAUUUCCUUUUCAACACAGCGGAUGCAAUAAGCGUUCGAGUAUAUUCAUCCGACGAUGAAAACCUAGCCAGCAGCGACAAUGCCUCCUGCAUUUCGGAAAACAACAACGAAGACGAUGAUGACGGCACCAGUUGUGCAACUGACGACAUCUGCGAGUCGGGUGCCGAAAGUGUCGAAACACAUUCAGUGUUUUUUAAGAACAUUCGCGCGAGGCCGAAUGAAACGCGUAGUGCCACUGCGAUGGCUCACUAGGAUAAGUUGUGCAAUAUGACAUUCAAUCAACGAUAGUGCAAUAAUAGCAGAAAUAUGUGUUAAGUGAUGUACAUUUUGGAAUCUGAGACAAUGAGUUAUUGUACCUCCUAAUAAUAUAGACCACGACGGUAGAGAUUGUAGUUUGUAGAAGCUAUUAGCUAGAACAGUUGUUCCAUACUUUUGGAGACUACUACUUCAAGUGUGCAAUCCGUAUGGUUCUCAUUGUUCACAUUAUUGUGCAAUUGUUUUUUUUUAUUGUUAAGGUUUGACUAAAAUAGGUGUGACUGAAUAUAUCAAUAAGAGACAUGGAUGGUUGAGAGAAAUUAUUCGUCUGAAUGUAAGCAUGGGAGCGAAAUAGGCUUUGGACUCAUUUACAACGACUUAGACCUUAGACCGAUAGGCAAGCCAAGACUCACAUAAGAUCCAAAACGACUACGACAUAAUAAAUAUUUAAAAGUGUGUUCAGUACUUCACAAUUCCAUAGUCCGUUCCGGUGAGUUGAAUGUGAUAGAUUUUGGUACUUUCUAAAAAAUCUUGUUGAAUAUUUUAAAUAUUCCCACCUCAUCAAAACUGCUGUUUUGGCUUAAGCAGCCUUCGAAGUUCAUGAACCACAUUCUAAGUAGCCCGAAAUUCUAAUUAGCUUCUAGAAUACAUUUUUUUAAUUUGAUUUAUUCUAGCUAAGACAUAGAUCUGCUUCUAUGCGACAGGAAAGUUUCCGCGGAACUUGAUUUGUACUUCCAAGUUGCCGAAAGUUCCACACGUACUCUUAGGCAGCGAGAAUUUGGUCUGUACUUCCCUGCAGUCAAAAAUAACCUCGUGUUUUCUUACGUAACGAAAAAGUUUACGCGGGACUUGUGUGGUACUUUUCCUUCGGCAGCAAGUGCAUGUUUUCUGUAUAGUUGUGGAACUUUCGAUUGCUUGAGUUGACAAUUUCCAUCUGCAUUUUGUUGCCAUCCGAUACGAAUAUGAGUUAUAGCACGCACACUCAUUCUACUAUUUGUUCCAAAUGGGACAGUCAUCUAUAUUCCUUGUACCGAGCACAUAAGAAAAUAUUUUAAUACUCAACAUGACAAUGCGUCAACUAAACUAUAACUUUAUACUAUUCCAAAACAACUAUGGCGUAGUGACAAGAUGUUAAAUCAUCCCAGAGUAGCAAAGGAACGCCAUGAUUGCGUAGGAAUAGUAACAAUCAUUUCUUCAGGUAUUCUUCUCGGUAUAUUUCCUUAUUUAUGAGGCUUUGGCUUCCUCGACCACAGCGACCAUAUUGCCUGCCAGAUCAAAUCUUUUUUGAGAAACUUGGCCUUUUUCUACGACCUGAAAUACUCCUGUACACUCUAAAAAAUUUUGAAUUUUGCAGGUGACUUAAUUCCUCAUACGAUGUGAUUCAUAAAGGUCUAAUUUGUCAAAUGACGGAAAAUUUUAUUUGUAAUGACUUAAUGUUAGAAUAGCUUGGUUUUACUUACUUGUACUGUUCUCACCUCAAUAACCACUUUAUUCCACCUCAAUAGCUACUGAACAACUUGCGCAACCUUGAAAUAAAUUUUGUAACAAAAUCGGUCAGAGUUCAAAUUUGGAAUGAAUGUGACGAUACUGUGUAGGAAGAUGUGAUAGCAUGAUGCAAUAAAAAGUAACUUCACAAAAAUAUUUAGUAAUAGAGAUUUUUUGUAAUCAUAAUACGAAUGCGGCGUAUGCAAACUGAAUAGUAAAAAUACUUAGCGUUUAAUAAGGCCGGAUGUGCAAUAAACCCAACAAUCCGAUUAGUUUUUUAAGGUGCAAUAGUAGAAAUUAUAAUGAAACUCUAUAGUGUGUAUAGAGUAUAUUUAGUUUGUAGGGUAGUUAUAGCUAGACACAGCUAUAGUACCAAAAAUCGAAAAAAACAUUUUUGGGUGCAUUUUAGUUCACGGUAUCGCAAUUCAUUUAUUUAUUCAUUUUUGUUUUACUUAGAAUCAUAGCAAAACGCCUAGCUUCGUAAGUACCUGCCAAAUAUUUAGUUUAAAUGAAACAGGUGACAAUUAUUAUCAUCUGGGAGGAAAAUUAUAUUUUUCUUUAGAAAAUUUUAUAUCUAAGUAUAAGUGAGCGAUAAACAAUAGAGCAAUUCCUCCUUGGAAAUAAGACAUUUUGAAAGACUUCACAGAGGACUAAGAAAAAGAAAGCUUCGACAUCUCACUGAAGGAAUUUAACUUGUCUUAUUUCUCAUGUUUUCUACUUAGGAAUUCGUGGUAAUUGUCCUUCAUCCUUAUGAAUCCACUUGAUUCUGUGUUAUGCAAUUUGUUCUGUCUAGAUAUUUAUAUAAGUAUAAAAUUAUUGUUGAUUUUAUUGUAUAUGAGUGAAACCUUUAUGUUGAUAAUUUUAUAACCAGAUUUUUAAUCAUAAACAACGAUUAGUCGGAAUGAAUAGCAAAACUAUUUUAGCACACCUUAAUGAAAGCGUGUUUAAUUAAGUUAACUUUAGGCUAGUUUUUGCUGAGGAAAAUUAGAAGCAAUCGCUUUUAAAAUGCCUGGAAUUGCUCACAAUAUUUUUUUAGCUAAUCGGUUUUUUCUUA